GCAGGAAGCAGAGGAUCGAGAGAGAUCCGCAGGAAGGAUCGGACAUGUCCAACUUUUCUUUACUGUGAUACAGUCUUUUCUUUGGCGCGCUGCAGUGGGAGGACGCUUUUACUCUAUUUGUAAUGCUGAAAUAUGAGAGAACGGAACCGGGGCGGGUGAAGAAGGCACAUGGGAGAGGACUGCCUGUGUACUCUGGGCUCUAGAAAAAAAUAACACUCAAAAGUUUUAACUUGGAAGUUUGAUUUAGUUUUUUUGGCGAUGACUGCAAAAAGCAGAUCUUUGGUUCCGGGACUCUGAAACUCUCUCUCUCUCUCUCUCUCUUGCUGCACACCUACACCCAAAACCUCAAUGGAGACGUAGACGUGAGAGAGUUGCGGACGCACACGGUGCUGUUCAAACUCCCAUUUAGACCCAGCCUCCUUCCAGGAGAGCGGAGGACCGGGAGCCCCUCGUUCCCGCAGGAUCUCGGUCACACUGAGGCCACGACAUGUUGCGCUCGUCUCUGACAGCCUUGAGUCUCUGCUGGACCUUGUUCCUGUGCAACGUGAGCCCCGGCUGUGCACAAGAAAGACAGGGUUAUUUGGUUGCUGCACCCUCUGUGUUCCGAGCCGGCGUGGAGGAGAGUGUGAGCGUCACCAUCUUCAAUGCAAAGGCCGAAACCCGCGUCCAGGUGCAGCUGUCGGUGAAGGGCCAGACGGUGGCUCACGGCCACGGCUCAGUGCUCGACAAAGGCACUGUCAAACUAAAGGUUCCCUAUGGGCUCAGAGGCCAGGCCCACCUGAAGGUAUGGGGAAACCGUCACCUCACCGAGGGCGGCUACAUCUUCCACAACUACACCACCGUCACGGUGGAGAGCAAGGGCACGACUGUCUUCAUCCAGACCGACAAGCCUGUCUACAAACCCAAACAUAAAGUGCUGAUCAACAUCUACACAGUCACCCCCGACCUGAGGCCAGUAAAUGACAAGAUUGAGGCGUAUGUUUUGGAUCCAAGAGGAUCCAGGAUGGUUCAGUGGAAGAGUCUGAAUUCUGUCUGUUGUGGGGUUGUGAACACCAGUUUCCCUCUGUCUGACCAGCCUGUGUUUGGAGAGUGGUUUAUCUUUGUGGAGGUGCAGGGCCACACCUAUAACAAGUCGUUUGAAGUGCAGAAAUAUGUGAUGCCCAAGUUUGAGUUGAUGAUCGAUCCACCACGUUACAUCCGUGACCUGAACUCAUGCGAGCAGGCGACCGUCAGGGCCAGGUACACCUUUGGGAAGCCAGUGACGGGGAAGAUGACGGUGAAUAUGACAGUGAAUGGAGUGGGCUACUACCGUCACGAGAUGGGCCAUCCUGUGAUAAAAAAUAUGGAGAUGAACGGCUCUGCAAACUUCAGCCUGUGCGUUAAGGACAUGAUGCCCCUGGAUGUAGCCGAUCACUUCAGGGGCACGGUGAGCAUCUGGGCGUCGGUGACCAGCGUAGACGGCAGCAGGCAAACCACGUUCGACGAUUCCACGCCCGUCCACAAGCAGCUCAUCGACAUCAAGUACUCGAAGGACACACGUAAACAGUUCAAGCCCGGUCUGCCUUACAAAGGGAAGAUCGAGGUUACCUUCCCUGAUGGAAGCCCAGCCGAUGGGGUGAGGGUGCGUGUUAAGGCAGAGCUGACCCCCAAGGACAACAUCUACACCAGUGAACUGAUCUCCAAGGAUGGCCAGGCCACCUUUGAGAUCCCGUCCAUCCCCACUGCCGCCCAGUAUGUCUGGCUAGAGACCAAGGUAACAUCUAUUGAUGGAAAGACAGUAGGAGACCAGUACCUGCCCAGCUACCUGUCCAUCAGCAGCUGGUACUCUCCCAGCAGGUGUCACAUCCAGAUCCAGAGCCCCAGCACCUCCCUCAAGAUCGGCCAAGUGGCAGAAGUGGCUCUCAAGUCCACGUGUCCCUGUAACUUCACCCUGCACUACGAGGUGGCGUCCAGGGGGAACAUCAUCGUGUCGGGCCAACAGCCGGCCAACCUGACCGCCUCUCACCGAGGGAAAAGAGCCACCGUCACCUUCGAUAAAAACAUUCACACCACCGACCUUCCCCCUUCUGCCUCCAGUGUCGCGGGCUCCUCCUCCCAGGCCGAGGUGGACAGCUGUGUGACUUACCUGCGUUUCCCGGUCAGUCACAGCAUGGCGCCCCUCAGCCGGCUGCUGGUCUACUAUGUCAGGGAAAACGGCGAGGGGGUCACAGACAGCCUGCAGGUCCCUAUCCAGCCCGAGUUUGAGAACAAGGUGUCUGUUUCUCUGUCCACUAAUGAGUCCAUGCCAGGCGACCCAGUGACCCUUCAUGUGAAAGGAGAGACGGGCUCAUGCGUCUGUGUGGCCACUGUGGAUAAAAGUCUUUACCUGCUGAAGCCCGACUUCCAGCUCAGCAUUGAAAAGGUGUUUAAGGAGCUGGCAGAUUUUGAUGUGUCGGAUGCCUUCGGAGUUCCCAAAGACGACGGACACUUCUGGUGGCCGGGGCUGUCGUCAAAGAGACGCAGACGGUCCUCCGUGUUCCCAUGGCACUGGGACAUCACCAAGGACGCACGCUUUGCUUUUACAGAAUCAGGGCUGGUAGUGAUGACAGAUAUGGUGAGUUUGAACCAUCGGCAGAGCGGAGGAAUGUACACAGACGAGGCCGUCCCUGCGUUUCAGCCGCACAGCUCCACCCUAGUGGCUGCCAUGCACUCUCGCCCUACAACCAGAGCCGAGAAGCGCAGGCGUACAUUUUUCCCAGAGACUUGGGUGUGGCACUGCCUCAACAUCAGCUCUGAAAGCGGGGAAGCUGAGCUGCGUUUGGAUGUGCCGGACUCCAUCACCACAUGGGUGACGGAGGCCAUCGGCGUGUCCGAGGACAAGGGGCUGGGCUUGGCGAAGAGCACUGAGCUUCGGACCUUCAAGCGCUUCUUCGUCGACUUCACGUUGCCCUACAGCUUAAUCAGAGGGGAGCAGACCAAAGUGCCCCUCACGGUCUACAACUACCUGCCCACGUGUUCUGAGGUUCAUGUUAAAGUAACAGUCCCAAAAGGCAUCAAGUUUGUUGGCCAUCCUGGACGCCACCACCUUACCAGGAAGAAGUGUGUCGCGCCGGGAGAGGCGACACCCACAUCCAUCGUGUUGUCUUUCACUGAACUGGGAUCUGCUAACAUCACAGCUCGUGCCAUUGCCUACAGUGAAUCAAGCUGCUGUUCAGAUGGACUCCAACAAGGCAAAACAGGCAAUGACGUGGACGACAGAAGGACCCCAACUGGCCUGGACUUUGUUCGCCGUACUGUCCUGGUGGAGCCAGAAGGCCUGCCCAGAGAAUACACCUACAGUGUCUUCUUCUGUCCCAAUGAGAGGAUCCACAUCUCCACCCCCAACAAGUAUGAAUAUCAGUACGUGAAAAAACCAGCCAGGAUGAACCAGUUCCAGGUCGCUGUGAAGACCCACAACGAUGCCCACUUUGCUCUCUCUGCCAGUCCCCACGACAGCGCAGAGAUGUUAGAGAUCGUACUUGGGGGAAGGCAAAACACUCGCUCAUGGAUCUCACUGGGUAAGAUGGGCGAGCCCCUGGUCAGUGCCUCAACGCCUGGCAUCCUCUCCUGGGACGAGUUCCGCAGCUUCUGGAUCAGCUGGAAGGGAGGCGCGGUACAGGUGGGACAUGGUUUACAUCCGUCCAAUGAAUCUGUGAUCCUCCACUGGGCGGGACAGUUCCCUGGGCAGGUGCGUCACAUAGGCUUCUCAACGGGCUGGGGUUCCGUUGGAGAAUUUAAGAUCUGGAGGAAGGAAGACUCGGAUGAGAACCACAACGAGGCCUUCACUCUGGGCGUCCCUCACAACAUGGUGCCUGGAUCUGAGAAGGCCACGGCAUUUAUGAUUGGGGACGUCAUGGGGCCAACUCUCAACAACCUGGACAAGCUGCUGCGUCUGCCCUUUGGAUGUGGGGAGCAGAACAUGAUCCACUUUGCCCCCAAUGUCUUUGUUCUGAAAUAUCUGCAGAAGACCCGGCAGCUGAGCGCAGAGGUCGAGAAUGAAGCCACUGACUACCUGCUGCAAGGCUACCAGAGACAGCUGACCUACAAACGGCAGGAUGGAUCCUACAGUGCCUUCGGAGAGAGGGAUUCCUCUGGCAGUAUGUGGUUGACGGCGUUUGUGCUGAAGUCCUUCGCUCAGUCCCGGGGUUUCAUCUUCAUCGACCCCGAAGAGCUUCGGGAAGCCAAGUCCUGGCUCAUUAAACACCAGCGGGAUGAUGGCUCCUUCCCCGCCAUGGGACGCAUCCUCAACAAAGACCUGCAGGGAGGGAUCCAUGGGAAGAUCUCACUUACAGCCUACGUGGUAGCAGCUCUCCUGGAGACAGGAAUCACCACAGAGGAAGAGAAGGUGGCUGUGGCCAAAGCCAAGGAUUUCCUGGAGAGCAACACCUACUCCGCCAACGACCCUUACACCACGGCCCUGUCCGCAUACGCCCUGGCCCUGCUGCGCAGCCCUUACGCCCCGCUGGCCCUGCGCCGCCUCAACCACAUGGCCAUCACUCAAGAUGGACUCACCCACUGGAGCCUGACAGGCAGCACGAUGACAGACGAGGACACUUUCAUGGGCUUCAGCGAUGGCCUCUCUCAGUCAGUGGUGUCGGCAGAGGUGGAGAUGACAGCCUAUGGUCUUCUGACCUACACUCUCUUGGGGGACGUGGCCUCUGCCUUGCCUGUGGUCAAAUGGCUCUCCCAGCAAAGGAAUGCCUUGGGCGGCUUCUCAUCCACACAGGACACGUGUGUGGCUCUGCAUUCCCUGUCAGAAUACGCCAUCCUGUCCUACGUGGGAGGGGUCAACCUCACAAUCUCGCUCGCCUCCACCAACCUCGACUUUCAGGAAACCUUUGAACUCAACAGGGACAACAAGAGACUCCUCCAGAGUGCCAAGAUCCCCAGUAUCCCCACAGGCCUUUUUGUGAGUGCUAAAGGAGAAGGCUGUUGUCUCAUGCAGAUUGAUGUGAGCUACAACGUACCUGACCCAGUCUCCAAACCAGCCUUCCAGCUCAAAGUGGACCUGAAAGAACCUUUACAGGAGAGACAACUGCAGCACACCUCCUCCUCUUCGCGUCAUCCUCCCCCACGCUCCCGGAGCCGUGCGGACAACCGCUCGGAGCUCAACCGGAAGCGGCGGGCACCCAUCGAUGAUGACGACCCGGCAGCCCACCAGGACAAAAUGGACUUUCAAAUCUCCCUUGAAGUUUGUGCUCGGUGGCUCCAUUCGGGCUCAUCCAACAUGGCCGUCAUAGAAGUUCCAAUGAUUUCCGGUUUCCGAGCAGAUGUCGAAAGUCUAGAAAGGCUGCUGAUGGAUAAGAGAGUGGGUCUGAAGAGAUAUGAGCUGAGUGGGAGGAAAGUGUUGUUCUACUUCGACGAGAUCCCCAGCCAGUGUGUGACGUGUGUGGCCUUCCAAGCCGUCAGGGAAUACAUUGUGGGCAAGACAGCGCCUGUUCCGGUCAAGAUCUAUGACUACUACGAACCAGCCUUCGAGGCCACACGGUUCUACAACGUCAGCGAGAGCAGCCCGCUGGCUCGGGAGCUUUGUGACGGCCCGACCUGCAAUGAGGUGGAGAGCUCAACCAAUCACUGGAUAGGUUUUGUGCAGGCAAACCAGUGCAACAAUGUGUACGGCUGCCUGGAGGAGGAGCACUUUGAGCGCUGCACCUGCUACAGGGACUGCGGUUACGACGGCGAGCCGGUUUGUGGGUCGGACGGGCAGCUCUACCAGAACCAGUGUCAGAUGGAGGUGUUUGCCUGUCGAAAUGGGACACGCAUCAAGCAGGUUCCACUGUCCCAGUGUCCUCACAUGGAGACCACGGUGGAGGACAAGCAACCAACAGCAAACCAGGAAACUGAGCUGCCCUCAGUGCCUGUACACACAGGUGAAGAGGAGCAGGGGUCCAUGGCAGAGGUUUCCUACUACUCCUAUGAAUACGACCCCGAUUCAGAUCCUUUCCUUGCUGACGCGGAGGCGGGGGAGCAUUUCUACCUUCCUGAAGGUGGGGAGGACGUAGAGCAGAAGGUGCUCGUCACAGCAGACACCCAGCUACCCACACUGGACACAAAAAACACCCCUGAACGAUGAAACCUUCAGAGAGCGAAACCAUGCCUUCCUCCAAAUUGUACAUUAUUUGUGAAUAUAUGUUAGUGAAUGGAAAGAGAAGACUUGGGACUCCUGAAAGGAAGAGAUGGGGGGGGUCUGGAGAACGAGAGAGACUCUGUGAGCGAGUGUGUGUAUGUUGGAGCGGAUGCCUUCUUAUAUGUGUGUUUGUGUGCAAUUGGAUGUGACUGUGCGUGAUUGUUAUUAAGCUUGUGUCCUCCAGACUCCUGCUGUUCUUCCUCCAGACUCCUGUUCACCAAUAGGCACCAUAGCGUCUUUGUUAUUCACUGUAAUGCCUUUAUAAUCACUAGAAGAAAUAAUCAAGUAUUUAUGUUUGUAAUUACACCUGACUUUAAGCAAAAAUAUUUUUGUUAUAUUUUCUAUCUGUGGUAUUUAUUUGUAGCUAGAUGUCAUAUCAUUUGUAUUUUUCUGCCAUUGUCUGCCCACACAGUCGACUUUUUACCCUUGCGGUUCUUUCGGUUCAAACAAAAGAUACAGUUUGUGUUAUCAGAUGCAUUUUAUUUCUUUGAUAGCAAGCUUUAACCCAAUAAUUGACUUGUUUGAUGAAUAUCUGGUGCUGGAAAAAGACAUAUGUUAACCAUAUGCUUUACGGAAACAUAAGCUGAAAUGUUUUUCAUUCUUGCGAUUUUUUUUAAAAACAGCACAUUAGAGAUUUACAGCAAACCUGAGGAGAGAGAGACGAGGGGCUGACUGACAUGUAGCGAGGCCCCUGGCCGACUCCCACCGUGGACUUUACAGUUACAGGAGAUGCGUGUGCACCAGGACGCGCCGGCUGACAUGUCUCUGAAGCUAUCGUAUCAUGACACGACCAUCACCUACUCUCAAGUCGCCUUUCACCUUACCUGCCUUGAGAUUUGAUUGUACAGUUCAUAAGCUAUUGUGUUUUUUUUUUCUUUGUUAAAUUUUGAUUUUUGAAGCAAUCAACUCAAAAAACAAUCAAGAAUGAAGUUUUAAAUUUGUGUAAAUUUACCAAAUUUGAUUAAAUGUAGCCCCACCCCCCCCCCCCCCCCCACCCCCGAGAUUCAUAUAAAAACUUUGUGCUUUUUAAAACAAACGAGAAUAAAAUUUGUAUA